AGGGCAGCAAGGCCCGACCUCCAUUUGUCCCAGCAGCAGCUCAUCAGCAGCUCUCAGUUUGGGACUCACUUCCCUCCCAGCCCUCGCAGCCAGUGGCAGGCAAUGGCAGUGGCUGCAUUUUUUGCUUGUCCUAACUGGUUCAUGAGUGUGGGUGCUACUGGCAUGUAGUGGGUGGAUACAAGGACACUGCUAAGUGAGUCACACUGCACAGGGUGGCAAAUUUCACCUCAUCUCAAGAAAUGUCAUUAGUGCCAAUCUUGAGGGUUCUGGUGUUACAUUCUUUCAGAGUUCACUAACAGAAACAUCUGUUUGCCUGUGUGGGAAACUCUAAAGCUCCACUUGCUUUUCUUCCCUAGAAUUCAGAGCUCAGACAAUGCAGUUCCCUCUAGUGGACACCAGAGGGCAGGACUUCCAAAGAGAACCAGUUUCUGAAACAGUCUGGUGCCACUGAAGGCAGCAUCGUUUGUAGAAAGGCUGUUAAUUCUACAUAUAAAUGGAACUAGCUGUGUAACUUAGUGGUGCUAUAGGUGUGCUGUGCAGUUUGUGAAAUAAACAGUAAGCUAAAAUCAACCCUAAAUGUACCACAGUUAAUUUAAAAAAAAAAUUAAGAAAAAAAAAAAGGCAUAGGUGAUCAAGAGGGUAAUUUUAAUGCUGACUUAAACGAGAGACGCAUUGCUCAUGUGCUCAAAGGGUGCUACUGUUUGAAUGUGCGGUAUGGUUGAGACAUGGUUCUCCCCAGGAAGCUCACAUUGAGGUUUGGGCCCCGUGGGCAGUGUUGUGUCAGGUACUGAAUAGGGAUUAAUGCUUUUCUGUGAGUGAGCGGUUGCUCUGGAGAUGGGCUUCUGUGACACGGUUGUUAGCAGGCCCGACAGCUCCCUUCCAUCACUCAAACCUAUGCUCCUCUACACAAAGUGUCUCUGGCUUACUGCCACAGGCUCUCACCAGAAGCUGAGUGGAUUCCGUUGACAUGUUCUUGGAUGUCUGGAGCUGGAGGCCACAGUUUUUUCUUUUUGUAAAACACCUACCCUCUGGUAUUUUGUGGUAGCAAUUCCACACACAUUCUAAGAAGUGAUCUGGAAUCCAGUGGCUCUUGCUUCAAGUGUUCGUCAAGGUGAGCUGUAGCCUUCAACUUCCUGUCCCAUCCCUCUCAAAGCUACUCAACUAUAUAGGUGACACUGGUCAUCAGCAUCCACUGGAUAAGAAGCUGAGAGUAGAAAGAGAAAGAAGCUGCUGAAGGUUGGCCCAAGUAGCCCUUAGCCCAAACCUCAUAUAGGAAACAAAUGAGAUACAAAAUAUUAAUCCUAGUGCUGUUGGUCUUAAUGUCUCUCUAUGCCCAGUACAGAGAAAACCCUUUCAGCAUAAAUAAACUGCAGAUGACAUAUCAGUGCUGGUCUCUGAAAAACCAACCAGAACUCCAGCUCUCAGACUGGUUUAACGCCACAAUGGACUCUACACAAAUGGGCAAGAGAGUUACUAACUGGUCAGCUCCAAUUGUGUGGACCAACACUUACAAUGAAUUAGUCUUGGCAAAUUAUUAUAAAAAGCAUCCAGUUACCGUGGGGUUGAUCGUGUUUGCAGUGGGAAGAUACCUUUGGUACUACUUGGGUCGCUUUCUGGAAUCUGCUGAUAGGUUUUUCAUGGUCAACCAGAAGGUCAUCAUUUAUAUAAUGUUGGAUGACUUCUCCUACAUGCCAUGGGUAGAUCUGAAUCGCCAUCGGACACUAAAGAUUUUUAAGAUUAAACAAGAGAGGAGGUGGCAAGACAUCAGCAUGAUGCGCAUGAAGAUCAUCAGUGAACACAUUGCAGAUCACAUACAGUAUGAGGUUGACUAUGUCUUCUGCAUGGAUGUGGAUCAGAUGUUCAAAGCCAAGUAUGGUCUGGAGACUCUGGGGGACUCUGUAGCUCAGUUACAUACCUAUUGGUACAAGGAAAACCCAAGCAAAGUACCUUAUGAGAGAAAUGAAUCGUCAGAAGCUUACAUAGCAGUGGGGGAUGGGGACUUUUAUUACCACGCUGCUGUUUUUGGAGGCACAACCACUCAGGUUCUCAAGAUUACCAAGGAGUGUGCCAAAGCAAUUAUGAAAGAUAAAAAAAAUAACAUUGAAGCAGUUUGGCAUGAUGAAAGCCAUUUAAAUAAGUAUUUCUUUCUCCAUAGACCCAGUAAAGUCUUGUCACCAGAAUAUUGCUGGGAUUUAAGUCAGAAUAAGACUUCUGAUAUUAAGACUGUUAAACUUGCUUGGAAUUUUAAGAAUUAUGAACUUCUUAGAAGCCACCUCUAAUUUUAUAGCCCGCCCUUUGCACGUCUGAAAUGGGGAGUAUCCAUUUCCUUGGGAAAUUAGCACCUGGAAUAUUCCAACAAUAAAAAAUAAUCAUUUAGGAAAUGCCAAACCCAGCAACAGAGAACUUAUCUUCAGCUCCCAUUCAUUCUGAAUGACGUAAUAAAGGGCAUAGUCACAGAGAGUGUGCUGAAAUGACAUAAUAAGGGGCAUAGCAACCACAGAGAGUCCGAUGGAAGCAGGUGGACAGUUACAUCUAGAUAUGAACAAGUCCUGACAAGCCGUUUGAUCUCCAUGUUGUCUAUAACUGCUCUUCUGGCACCAAAGCCUCAAUCUGUCAAAAUGUCCAAAAUGUCCUGACUCACUUAAACAGAGAAUACUUUAGGGACAGGAAGGAAUGCAGUAUAAAAAGGAAACACUGUUGCUAAUUCUGCUUGCUGUACUACUGGCACUAAUUCAGCACUACUCCAGGUAAAUAUGUAACCCUGAUGUAUCACAGUUGCUGAGUGACACAGCAGACCGAAAAUGCUGGGCUUUUAUACAAAGGCAUCAAAGCACUCUCGCAUGAUGAUGGAGAACAGAGACCUCAAUGCUUUGACUUUUUUUCAACUGUCAAGAAGUACUGAUCAAAUUCUUCGUGCUAGAACAAAGGAUCACCUACAGAAGAUGUAUGCCUGCUGGUAAGGGUCUUCCUGUGACUGUUCUAAGAACCAUGGAGGGAAAAGUGCUUGCAGCAAAAUGGGUUUCUAAUAGAGAUGCUGUACGGAGAA